GUUGACUGAUUGGACAACAUAAGGGGUGGAUUGAACAGCCGAUUCAUUUGAGGAUUUUUUUAUAAAGCCUAGGCGAAUUAGCACUAUUGAAGCUGACCCUGACGUUUGCAAAGCGCGCUCUAACUUAUGUCAAACUAGCAGAUCUCGUGGCAAUCUGAAAAUCCGAAAUCAAUUGCACGCAAAAUGCCUAAAAAGAAGACUGGACAAAGGAAGAAAGCCGAAAAAGCUAAGAUAAGACAAAAAUUACUCCGACAAAAAGGACUAGAAAUAGAUCUUAUCAACCAUCCUUCGAACAUAUUGAUGGAGUGUGGCCAGUGUGGGAAGCAUCAGAAAAACCGAGCAUUUUGUUAUUUUUGCCAGUCUAUCCAAAGACUUCCAGUGUGUUGUCAUUGUGGUAAACAAAAGUGUUCUGCACGUUCUGGCGAUUGUCUAGUUAAACAUGGUUCUACACAUGUUACUGGACUCAGUAUGGUGGGAGCGGUUUGCGACUUUUGUGAAGCUUGGAUAUGUCAUGGGGAGAAGUGUUUAUCUGUACAUGCAUGUGAAUGUCCACUGAGAGACGCUGUUUGUGUUGAGUGUGAGCGCGGGUUAUACAGUUUUGGUGGUCGGGUGUUUUCUUGCGCCUAUUGUGACCACAAACUUUGUGAGGAUGACCAGUUUGAGCACCAGGCAAGCUGUCAACGUUUAGAAAGUGAGAACUUUAAAUGUGCUUCAUGUAACAAAAUGGGAACACAAACGUGUCUCCGUUGUAAGGUUACAUAUUGUGACGAUCACUGCAAGAGAAAAGGUGUGAAGUAUGAACGUGGAAGGCCUAUUCCUUGUCCGAAAUGCGGACAUGAUUUAACUGAUAGUUAUAAUUUGAGCGUAUCAGUUCGCAGCUACGAGUAUGGUCGCCAGACAUGUGUAGAAAACUACUCUGAUGAAGACACUGAGAGCGAGAACGAAGAGGAACAGUGUUCUGGAAAAUCAGAAGAUGAACAUGAUGACGAUGAUUAUAAUUUGUUAGAUAAAUUAACCAUUAAAAGUUAAAAAGUAUUUGUAUUAAGUUAAACAGAUUAGCGCUGGUUUACUUGA